AUGCCGGACCUGAAUGAGACCGAUUGCCCCUCGGCUCACCGCCCCCCGCCCCUCCCCUCUGUGUCUCCUCGCAGCCUCUUCAUCCUCUCCAACGAGACCGUCAACAUCUGGAGCCACCUGCUCGGCUUCGUCCUCUUCUUCACGCUGGGCAUCUACGACCUGACGGCCGUCCUGCCGGCGGCUGGCGCCUCCCGAGAGGACUUCGUCAUCUGCUCCGUCUGCCUCUUCUGCUUCCAGGUCUGUAUGCUUUGCUCGGUAGGAUAUCAUCUUUUCUGUUGUCACCGCUCAGAGAAGACCAGCCGACGAUGGAUGGCAUUAGAUUACGCGGGAAUUUCCAUUGGCAUCCUGGGCUGCUACGUGUCAGGCGUGUUUUAUGCAUUUUAUUGUAAUAACUACUGGCGUCAGGUAUAUUUAAUCACUGUGCUGGCAAUGAUCUUGGCAGUAUUUUUUGCUCAGAUUCAUCCCAGUUACCUCACACAACAGUGGCAUAGACUGCGCUCCAUCAUCUUUUGCUCAGUGUCUGGAUAUGGAAUUAUUCCCACCAUCCACUGGGUUUGGCUCAACGGCGGCAUCGGUGCAUCUAUUGUACAGGAGUUUGCUCCACGUGUAGUUGUCAUGUACUUCAUCGCUGCUGUAGCUUUUCUCUUCUAUAUUUCCAAAGUUCCAGAAAGAUACUUCCCAGGACAGUUGAACUACCUCGGCUCCAGUCACCAAGUAUGGCAUAUCCUUGCAGUGGUGAUGCUGUACUGGUGGCAUCAAUCCACAGUGUACAUCAUGCAAUAUCGACACAGCAAGCCCUGUCCUGAGUAUAGCGCAGACUUGUGAGUGAAGAGGCACUGCGAUGAAAUGUCUGACUUUGAGGGUUUGGACCUUACCUAAUGAGCUGAGCUAUGAAAUUAAGCACUGAGGCAGUUCCUUUUCUGACUUUUGGACUGUCACCCGCUUGCUGGGACACUCUGUUAUUAGGCGUUUUGAAAAAACCAACAGCAUUGCCCAGGAUCUGACAUUCGUUUCCUGUUCUGCAAUCAAAACAGGUCUUCCUGCAGUGGGACAAGGGCAAGGUGGGCUGUAACACUCAGCAUUCAGAUCACAGCACUAUUUUUUUUGCUUGGUAAACAUGAACAACAGAAGUAAUUACCCUUGCUGAGGUAACAGGCCCACAUACAAGGUUUAUCAGGUUUUGUUCAAGUGCAUAAUUAAGAAACAGCUCCUGACAGCGUGCUUGUAAAACCGUGCUAACUGUGGGACCUGGUCUUGGAUCUAAAUCACAGUGGUACGGUGUGUUGCAUCCUUCAGAGUCUUUGCCUGAAUGACGUGCUUACACUUCAGCAUCGGUUCGGUAACGUAUGAAACGGAAUUCAGUGGACUCUUGUACUUUUCUGGACAAGCUCUUCGUUUUUCUGGAAGAUAAGAUCACAUGUCAUCCACCGUAGCUAUACCUGCAUUUCAGAUCUUAAAAAUUGCCUCCCUCAAUAUGGGUAGUGCCAUUACUUCAAGAAAUUUCUCUUGAUCCCCUGGAUAAUUUGGAAUUAGUAUUCUAAAAUAUUUCAGGAGUAGCAGUAAGCCUGUGCGUUCAUGUCUGUUACUAUCUUGCAAUUAGUAGACUUGCUAAGAAUUUUAAGUUAAUUUGUUUAACAGGAUGAAAUAACACACCCCGAGUAGUGAACCUGCUGUGGCUUCAAAUCACUGAACUUUGGCCUUUUACUGUCUGAUUUAUUAUACUGUACUUGCGGACUUUGUUACUGAAAAUUACUUAUCUCCAUAAGUGAAAAGGUUGCCUUGGGUUUUAGAAUCUGUCAUGAAACCAUCUCUUACAAACUCAACACUGGGGAGACAUGAAAUAGACAGGUUAUGAGGCAGCUGUAGCUCAGCAUGAUGAAGCUCAAUGGGUGCCAGUUUUUCAAACAGGAUUGGAAUUAUUUGGAUUGUGGGGUUAGAGUCAACAUUUUUCAGUGGUUUCUGUAUAGCAGCUGUGCUUGUGUUUACAGUUCAGUUGAGCAGUGGUAGCAAAUGCUGCUGUUUCGCACGAUCAAGUGUUAGUCAGCAUUAGCCAUUUGGAAAUUACUCUGCUUGCUUUGAGAUGUUGUUACGACUUAAUCCCAAGCGGUUAAAGUUUGGAACUGGAGCUGUUGAAGGACGUGAUGGCAUGGGCAUGGCUAGCAUUAGCAAGCGGGAGACACCCUAACUGUUUCUGCUUUGACUAUAGGUAGAAGUCUUCUGUUCUGGGAUUAUAAACUGUCCUAGCUGACCUCUCUACAACUGCCCUUGUUACCUGCAGCGUGGCCUUCAAAAGGGUCCCAGCAUCUUCCCUCUUAUUUUGCGAUUGUCUGACAACAGCGAGCUUAAUACACGGUGAUAGGGGCCUUGCCGGAUUUCAAACCAGUUGUCUUACACCUGAGGCUACGGAGGAGGCGGCACUGCCUAGCAGUGGGCAAGGAAAGCCUUAGGCAACCGUGCUAAAAGCUGCAUAAUAGACUAGAAGCCCUUACUGAACUGUCAGCCUCAUCAAUGCUACGCUAUUGCCUCUUUCCUCUCGGGAGGGUUUUCCCUUGAUGGGAUUUAGCUUACUCAGACAGGGGGAGAGGCUGGCUUGUUGCGGUACCCUCCUCACAGGCAGCAGGCUGCUGUCAGGUCCCCCCAAUGCUGCCUCCUCCCGGGGCUAAACACGCCCAGCUCCCUCAGCCUUUCUCGUCAGGGGUGUGCCAAGGAGAUGCAGAAUAGCGACGGAAACAUAUUGUCAGGCAUCUGAAUGCUCAUCGGGGAUGGAGAAGGCAGGAUACUAACUACGGGUAUGCUGGAGAGUAAUGCCAACUGUUAAGUUCAGUGGGUGGUUUUGGGGUUUGUUUUUUUUUUUCAACUCCAGAAACAAGUAGUGGGAAGAACUGACUUUGCAUUUGAGAUUCAACUCCCAGACCUUUGAGCCUUUCAGUGUAAACACUGAUUUUUUAAUUUUUUUUUUAAACUUGACAGCCAAGCAAGUUUCAAGUGCACUAAUUACUACUACUGAAGCCUGACAAGGAACCUGCAAGUAUAAAAGCUUGUGUCCAGUAUUAUGUGAACAAUAGUAUUUGAAGAACCUGUGUUUGUGUAUUGAAAGCAUACUGACUUUAUAGUUUGCUAAUGUAUUUUUUAUGUAAACUCUAACUACAGUAGCAGUUUUCACUGGAUAAGGAAACUGACUGCAAAGCUGUUCAUUUUUAUUACCCUGACAAAAAUUUAUCAAGCUGCAUGAUGGUCUUUUAUGUACAUACUGAACCUUUAAAUAAAAUUCAGUUCAUUGGAUGUUUA